AUGGAUCACUUCACAAUGUUGACAAUAGAGAAAAGUGCCUUUGGAAAGUCCUCAACUUCCUUGCCAGUUGAACCAGUUCACAAGAUGGUCACCAAGGGAACCAAGUUGAAGGAGAUGUGUAUGUCUGUUAUGAGGGAUCUUGAGAGCAAUCACAGUUUUGCCAUCUCUGAAGAGAACAGUACUUAUUUCCUUAAAUUCUAUCUAUGCACCCCUCCAGUAGGCAAAUACCCUUUAUUUCCACACCAGGAUGUUGUGCCUUUAGCAGAUCCCUGCUCAGGUUUUGUGAGUCCAGCAGCAGAUGCUGAACAGCAGCCCAGUGUUGGAAGAGCAAUCGAAUCCCUGGCAAACUACAGUGAUAGGGAACCUCCCCAUGUCCCCAGCACAGGUGAGAGAGCCCAGCCUGACCAUGGAGACCUCCUGGAGGAAACCAGCCAGGACAGAAGGGGGAAGUCCAGGUCUAUGGCUUACAAAGGAGUUCCUUGGGAUAAUAUGUUUUCUUCCAAAAUACAGCCUCCAAAAUCAACAGAGAUGUUGGAUGAUCCUGUUUCCCAGUAUUUCACAAAAAGAAGAUACAAUCUCAAACCUAAAAUAAGCCAAGUUGUCGGAGACUUCUGGGACAGAUUCCAAACAAGAUCUUUUACCUCUCCACAGAGAUCUGGUGGUUUUGUAAGCCAAAGCUCUUAAACCUGUCAAAUCCCCUUGUAUAUGCAAUUUCUGGUGGCAGAGGAGAGUGCAAAUGCUGAUGUAGACUUAGUCCUACUUAACCAUGUUCAAACUUCCAAACCUCACUACACAAGCACUGCACACACUCUAGAUAUUCUUGGAUAUUCUGGCAGGGUUCAUUGGUCAGCAACUCACCCAGCAAAUUCUAAUCUUCCAUCAACAGCCCCAUCAGUAAUUGCAGGAAUGCAUGGCUGGCCAGGGCCCCACUGUAGGCACCCGGGCAGCCCGGCCGCCAUCGGGCCCUCGGUGACCGUGCCCUGUGGGGCAGCAGGCGAGCCCCGGCUGUCCCUGCUGAGGCGCGGUGACGCCGGAAAGCAGCGGGCCACAGGCUCCGUCCCGAGCGGCACAGCUCUCCCAGCUGCCCAAAGAGUCAGCCAGGGCCCAGAGCGAGCUGUAUGGGCUGUGUGCACAGCACUGGGACACGCUGUUCAUGGCCACAGCUCCAGCUCUGCCGUGAGCUCAAGCACCCAGCGCCACUGUGACCAAGUCAGCCGCACGUCACCCGCUGUGGGCUGGAUCUGCCCGGAGCCCCGGGGGCAGCCGAGCCAGCCUGCGCUGGAGUCCCUGCUGCAACUGCAGCACUGCCGGCCUGAAGCUGCCUUGGCAAAAUCACACGCAGGGAAACUGUCUCCUCAGCAGACCUGGGCAAUGGAUUCAAAGUGCUUGCUCUGCAUCUCUCAGGAGCUGCAUGACUACAGGAAAUACACAGGCAAAGGACAGGCUCCACUGGAAGAGUUUCAGAGUCGAGAAUUUGGUAAUACAGACACAGCAGUGCACUCCAUCUCCUCUGCAUUUAGUUUCCGUGGGGUUUACAAGAGACGAGAUAACGGGGAAUCAUAG